UUCAGAAAGUUUGAAGGAAACAUUCUGUUUUGAGGAAUGGAUGAAAUUGAAAAAUUGGAGUAUUAUUCCCUUGUUUCAAAAGUUAUCACUGAGCUGACCAAUCAUCUUAGCUUGUCUGAUAAAGAGGUUGCUGAAUUUGUUAUUCACCUUGGUUCAAGAGCCAAAAGCGUUGAAUCGUUUAGUAAAAAGUUAGAAGAAAAUGGCGCACCAAUAACGAAUUCUUUGGCCGUUCAUUUGUUUGAGUUGAUAAAAAAACUACUUCCAAAGGGUUAUUUCAACCAAAAUGGAAAGGCCUCUAAAAAGAAAAAGAAGAAAUUAACAGUAGAAGAAAAUGAUAUCAGUAGUCUAUCAGAAACGAAACUUGAAGCGAAAACAGCCAUUCCAGCUCUGUCAAUGCCCGAUGACUUUCCAUCCGCCCAGUCUUUAUUGAAGACUAAUGAGACUAAGUCUGAGCAAAUCCAGGAGACUGUCGACGAUGCUAUGAGCCAACUUGAGGCUCUUGAAGGUCUCGCGAGUGUACCAGAAAACGAAAUGAAAAUACGCGAUAACGACCAGCGUCUCUCUGGUCCGGUUAAUAGAAACAGGUCGCGAUCUCGAAGCAAAGGAACGUCAGAAUCAAAAAGACACAGAGAUAAAGAACAUAGGAGAUCCCGUAGUCGAGAAAGACAACACAACCGGAAUCGUGACGAUGAGCAUAGGCGAUCACGUAAAAGAUCACGAAGUAAAAGUUACGAUCGUAAAAGAUCGAGAAGUCGCAGUUAUGACCGAAAAAAACCAAGAAGUAGGAGUAAUGAAAGGAGGCGCAAUUAUCAGGACAGAAAUCCACGUGAUCAAAAUGAUGAUAGGAAUCAUGUUAGGAGCGUUCGUCCCAAGGAGGUUUUACUAGCUACUCCUGAGUUAGGACAGAUAUACAAAGGAAGAGUGAUGAAUCUUGUACAAUUUGGCUGCUUCGUAGCCUUAUCGGGCUUCAAAACAAAGCUUGAAGGCCUUGUUCAUGUAUCGGAGUUGCGACCAGAACGUGUAAACAACGUUUCAGAUAUAGUAUCUCGCAACCAAGAGGUUUUCGUUAAGGUUAUUUCUUUUUCUGGAACAAGAUGUAGUUUAUCCAUGAAAGAUGUGGACCAAGAAACUGGAGCUGACAAAAAUCCAAAUCGUACUAUCAAAUCAAACGUUGAAGUUCAGGAAGAGCUGCGCAACCCGGAUCGUCCAGACGACGGGCUGAAUGUUCCAAUGAGCGUAGACGCACAUGAUGCUCCAAGGUCUAAAAAGUUUGCAAGAUUAUCUUCUCCAGAACGCUUUGAAAUAACACAAAUGAUUGCAGCUGGAGUUUUGGACAAAUCGGAGUACCCAGAUUUUGAUGAAGAGUGUGGGUUGAUGCCACGAAUUGACGAGUUGGCUGAAGAUGCAGAUGAAGAUAUCGAAAUUGAAAUGGUAGAAGAAGAACCGGCAUUUUUGAAAGGAUACGGUCGACAUUUCGCUGAUUUAAGUCCCGUGAAAAUAGUCAAGAAUCCCGAUGGCUCAUUGUCGAAGGCUGCUAUGAUGCAAUCGGCACUAUCAAAAGAAAGACGAGAAGUCAAGACAGCGAAACGAAAUGAAGAGUCAGAAUCUAGAACAAUCGACACAAAAAUGUGGAAUGAUCCUGUUCCUGACCCAGAAGCGAAAGCAGCUGCAGAUUCUUCAGACAUGAUAAAAAAUGCAUCGAUUACAAUUCAAGAUAUACCGGAAUGGAAAAAAGUUUCCUUUGGAGGCAAAAAUGUAUCUUAUGGGCGCCGAGUAACUACGACCAUUAUUGAACAGCGACAGAGUUUACCGAUUUAUAAAUUGAGGAUGGAGCUAGUAAAAGCCAUUCAUGACAAUCAGGUUCUAAUUGUUGUUGGUGAAACAGGAUCGGGCAAAACUACCCAGAUUACUCAGUAUUUGGCGGAGGAAGGUUUCACUGCCCGCGGAAAAAUCGGUUGCACCCAGCCUCGGCGAGUUGCUGCUAUGUCGGUUGCCAAACGAGUAGCUGAGGAAUAUGGGUGUAGAUUGGGUGCCGAAGUGGGAUAUACGAUCCGGUUCGAAGACUGCACGUCUUCAGAAACCGUUUUGAAGUACAUGACAGACGGUAUGCUGUUGAGAGAGUGUCUCGUAGAUCCUGAGAUGUCUCAGUACUCAGUGAUCAUGUUAGACGAAGCGCAUGAACGUACAGUUCCAACUGAUGUAGUGUUCGGCCUUGUUAAAAAAGCGGUUUCGAAAAGACCCGAUCUGAAACUGAUUGUAACAUCUGCUACUCUAGAUUCGAUCAAGUUUUCGACUUAUUUCAACGAGGCACCAAUUUUCACAAUUCCAGGACGGACUUUCCCGGUUGAAAUUCUCUAUACAAAGGAACCGGAAACUGAUUAUGUCGAUGCAUCCUUAAUCACUGUGAUGCAGAUUCACUUGACGGAACCUCCUGGAGAUAUCCUCGUGUUUCUGACAGGUCAAGAAGAAAUCGAUACUGCUUGUGAAGUUCUGUUCGAGAGAUGCAAAUCUUUGGGAAACGACGUACCUGAACUGAUUAUUCUCCCUGUUUAUUCAGCUCUGCCCAGUGAAAUGCAGACAAGGAUUUUUGACCCGGCUCCCCCAGGAAGCAGGAAAGUUAUCAUUGCAACCAAUAUUGCGGAGACUUCACUUACAAUUGAUGGAAUUUACUAUGUGGUCGAUCCAGGAUUCGUCAAACAGAAUGUCUACAAUUCCAAAAGUCACAUGGACGCCCUUGUGGUCACUCCCAUCUCCCAGGCGCAAGCAAAACAAAGGGCCGGCAGAGCAGGAAGAACUGGCCCUGGAAAGUGCUAUCGUUUGUACACUGAAAGAGCAUACAGGGAUGAGAUGUUAUCAACUGCCGUGCCAGAGAUUCAACGAACAAAUUUGGCAUCCACUGUCCUUUCGUUGAAGGCGAUGGGAAUCAAUGAUUUGCUCGCAUUCGACUUCAUGGAUGCUCCUCCAAUGGAGACUCUUGUGAUGGCUAUGGAAAACUUGCAUGCAUUGGGAGCUUUAGACGAUGAAGGUCUUCUGACAAGAAUCGGAAGACGCAUGGCCGAGUUUCCUAUUGAGCCUAAUUUAUCCAAAAUGCUCAUGAUGAGUGUACAUUUGGGUUGCAGCGAUGAAAUUUUGACCGUUGUCUCAAUGUUGUCAGUUCAGAACGUUUUCUACAGGCCUAAAGAAAAACAACAAGUUGCUGAUCAGAAAAAGGCGAAAUUUAAUCAAGCUGAAGGAGAUCAUUUGACGUUGCUUGCAGUUUUCAAUUCGUGGAAACAUAACAAAUUUUCGAACCCAUGGUGCUUUGAAAAUUUUAUCCAGGGACGAUCUCUGAGAAGAGCUCAGGAUAUCAGACAACAAAUGAUGGGAAUUAUGGAUAGACAUAAACUGGAUGUUGUCACAUGUGGAAAAAACACCACGAAGGUCCAGAAGGCAAUCCUCAGUGGGUUCUUCAUGCACGCUGCAAAGAAAGAUCCCCAAGACGGUUACAGGACGCUUGUGGAUCAACAAGUCGUAUACAUGCACCCUUCGAGUUCGCUGUUUAACAGACAACCUGAUUGGGUCAUAUACCACGAACUGGUGUUGACAACCAAAGAAUACAUGCGCGAGGUGACCCAUAUUGACCCUAAAUGGCUGGUGGAAUUUGCGGGAUCCUUCUACAGAUUCAGCGACCCGACCAAACUCAGCAAGACGAAGAGGAAUCUCAAGUUGGAAGCACUAAACAAACCUCACGAGGAUCCGAAUGCCUGGAGAUUGUCGCGUGUCAAGAGGAAAACAGGAGUCAAACAAACCUUUGGUUGAGACUGACGACGUACUUUACAUUAAGACCAAUAAUAACUGUGAAAUUAUUUCUCCCUGUUUUAUUGGGAUGUCACAAGCGAUUAUAACUUGAUUUGUUAUAAGUAGUUUAACUUCAAUCUGA